GAACGAUGAAGCAGGAGGGAGAGGGCAAGGAAAAAUUAUUGAAAUUGAUGUGAUGUUGCUUUGUAGACCGGGGGGAGAUAGCGCGAAAUGCAGGCAAUUUUUUGAGACGUUUUUAAGUCGUCGUUGGUCAGCGAAAUGGAGUGCCUUAUUUUUUUCUCUUUUCUUUACUUAGUUCUUCUCUUUUUCUGCUCGUUUGCGUCUGGUUCUUCAUUCCAUGGCUAUGGCUAUGGCUAUGGAUAUGGACAUGGCUAUGGAUAUGGACAUGGCUACGUAAGUACUACAUAUGGGUUGCUUCCUUUGAAAAUGAAUGAGGGGUUGUUUGCCUUGGCUAUUGCUAUAAGCCCGGACAGAGGACAGAGCCAGACAGACAAGCACGCAGACGGACAGAUCUUUAAAAGAAAUAUAAAUAUCCAUCUAUCUUCUACUUUGUCUUCGUGCCUAUAUGCACGUAAGCGACUAAUCGCUGCUGUAAUCUAAGAUGGUGGGAAGAACAUGGCAAGUGGAAGUGAGAAAGUGACGGAGCAAUGUGGAAGGGAUUACGCAUAACAGGAGGUACCUACCUACAUGACUUGGGG